AUGAAUUCAAUACUGACCUGCCAUAGGUACGCUGUCCUAGAUCUGCAACCUGGAGUUACAGAGAAAGACAUCAAAAUCCAGUACCGCAAGAAAUCCCUCCUCAUUCACCCCGACAAAACUAAGAACCCCGCCGCACCCGAUGCCUUUGACCGGCUCAAGAAAGCCCAAACCGCUCUUCUAGACGAAAAGCAGCGCACAUACCUGGAUGAAUGUAUUGCAGACGCGCGUCGGCUCUUGAUCCGUGAACUGAAGUACACAGUUGACUCCCCCGAACUGAAGACCGAAGAGUUUAAGGUCGAGUGGCGCAAAAAGACGAUUUGGGUGCUACUUGAGGAGGAGGCGCGCCGUCGGCGACAGCUCAAGGCGCAGAUGCAAGAAGAAGGUCGCGAACAGCGCAAAGAAGACGAGGAAAUUGAGGCGCGGAAACGGAAGCGCGAGCAUGACAAGAAGUGGGAAGAUACCCGGGAGGAGCGCAUUGGCAGCUGGCGAGAUUUCCAGAAGGAGCGCAAGACCGGUGAUGAAAAGAAGAAAAAGAAAAAGAUGAAGGUCCUAGGAUAA